GAUGCGGGCGGCUGCGGGCACCCCGCGGGCUUGGCUCGGCCGCCGGCGCCUUCUCCGGCUCCGCCGCGGGGGUCGCAGCGGCUGCCGCGCCAUCCUCGAGUUCCCAGCUUGAGAAGGCGGCGGGCGGAGAGGAGCAUCGUGUUCGAGGCGGAGACCCAGAGGGAGCCCCGCGCGUGGCCUCGCUCAUUGCUAUGGACAGUGCUAUCACCCUGUGGCAGUUCCUCCUUCAGCUCCUAAAGGAGCCUCAGAACGAUCACAUGAUCUGCUGGACCUCUAAUAAUGGAGAGUUCAAGCUUUUGCAGGCAGAAGAGGUGGCUCGUCUCUGGGGGAUUCGAAAGAACAAGCCUAAUAUGAAUUACGACAAACUCAGCCGAGCCCUCAGAUACUAUUAUGUGAAGGUAAUACACAUCCACCUCAAAACAAGAAUUGAUCCUUCUCUUCUGGUGAGGUUAGAGAAUAUCAUUAAAAAAGUGAAUGGUCAGAAGUUUGUGUACAAGUUUGUCUCGUACCCAGAGAUUUUGAACAUGGAUCCGAUGACAGUGGGCAGGGCUGAGGGAGACUGUGAAGCUUUAAGCUUCAGUGACCUCAGCAGCAACAGUUCCAAAGAUGUGGAGAAUGGCGGGAAAGAGAAGCCACCACAGCCUGGUGCCAAGACCUCUAGCCGCAAUGACUACAUACACUCUGGCUUAUAUUCUUCAUUUACUCUCAACUCUUUGAACUCCUCCAACAGGAAGCUUUUCAAAUCUAUAAAGGUUGAGAAUCCAGCUGAGAAAUUGGCAGAGAAAAAAUCUCCUCAGGAGCCAACACCAUCUGUUAUCAAAUUUGUAACCACACCUGCCAAAAAGCCACCAGUUGAACCUCUUGCUGCUGCCAUUUCAACUGGGCCAAGUAUUUCUCCAUCUUCAGAAGAAACUAUGCAAGCGUUGGAGAAUUUGGCUUCCCCCAGACUGCCUUCUCUGGAAGCACCAACUUCUGCAUCUAGUGUAACUGCCGCUUUUACCACCACACCACCUAUUUCGUCCGUGUCCCCUCUGCAGGAGCCUUCUAGAACACCUUCACCACCGCUGAGUUCCAACCCAGAUAUGGACACAGACAUGGAAUCAGUGGCUUCUCAGCCAAUGGAACUUCCAGAGGACUUGUCCCUGGAGCCUAAAGACCAGGAUUUGGCUUUGCCAGAAAAGGACAAAACAAAUAAUUCAUCAAGGUCCAAGAAACCCAAGGGGUUAGAACUGGCACCAACCCUGGUGAUCACGGGCAGUGAUCCAAGCCCACUGGGAAUAUUAAGCCCAUCUCUCCCUACAGCUUCUCUUACGCCAGCACUUUUUUCACAGACGCCCAUCUUACUGACUCCGAGCCCCUUGCUCUCCAGUAUCCACUUUUGGAGUACUCUCAGCCCUGUUGCUCCCCUAAGUCCAGCCAGGCUACAAGGUGCUAACACACUUUUCCAGUUUCCUUCUGUGCUGAACAGUCAUGGGCCGUUCACUCUGUCUGGCCUGGAUGGACCUUCCACCCCUGGCCCAUUUUCCCCAGAUCUACAGAAAACAUAACCUAUGCACUUGUGGGAUGAGAGAACCAAGGAAUAAAGAAACAGAAAGACACCCAACAUGAUUACAUUUAAAGUGAGCAAUUGAUAUGUCACAAUGCUGAUAAUAGACUAUUGUGAUUUCUGCCAUUCCCCAUUAAAAAUGCUUUUUUAGGAUUCCCUUUGAAUAGGACCCAAGUUAGACUGUGUAUAAAAAUGCCUUAAUUGGAGUCCAGACUCCACCUCCCUCUUUUUCUUUCUUUUUAAAAAAUAUUUUGAACUUUGUGUUAAAGAAAUUUUUGGUGGGGUUUAGCAGCUAGCUAUGCUUUGCAAGAGAAUUAAGAACAAAGUUACUCCUCCUGCCUUAUUGGGACCCUUUGGCCAGGAAAAAAAUUAUGCUUUGAGCAUGUUAUAUAAAGAAAUAUUAGUUAAAUGAAAUGGGCCAUAUCUUUAGGACUUAAUGUGCUCUGUUGAAUAUUGAGUUGUGCAUAAGCAGUGGAGGAAAAAGAAUCAUUCCUAUUCACACAAAGUAAGAUUGGAGCAGGACUGUUGGGUAGAUUCUGUUUUGCUAUGAACUAUAACAUAUGUAAGCAACUCCACAAAAAGGCAUCUUAUUUACAUUUAUUCAGGGUGGAUCUCUUAGCCAUAUGUGUGAUCUUGUCUGAACCUGUCAACAGAGCAUGGAGCUAGUUUAUUCCCACAUAGGGAGAUUUUUAAACCGGGGACUUAAAACAGUAUUUGGAACAACCAGUGAGAAUAUGGGACCCCAUAUCUGGCACAGAAAUGUCAUCUGCUCUCUAGGUGGUAUGAUUACACACCCACGGAAUACAGUAUGGUAAAUGAUGGCUUUUAGGGAGAUGAACCUGGGGUUUGAAAUUUUGAGGCAUCUCUGAGUCAAAGAUUCAAUUGAAUAACUUGAAACAACAUGUAAGGCUUUUCUCAGUUGGAAGGUACCGGCAUGAAGGACCCUUUUCUUUGUUCAUUUUAUCCGAUUUUCUACUGUAUAUUUGUCUUUUAAAUUUAAGGUUGUUAGAGGUUGUGAUAGUUUUAACAAUGUAAUUAGGAAGAUGAAAAGCAAAGUGAGGCCUCCAAAUCUGUAGUGAAGUAAAGAUAUGCUUAUUUCUUUGAGGUUUUUUUUUUUUUUUAAUAAGGAAGGAGCAGAGUUCAUUUGGCAAUGCUCAUACACAGGGAUUGGAUUAUUCAUAUUAGUAAUGAAAAACUUAGGCCUUCAUCUCUACCAAAUUUAUAAAAUAUUACCAUAUAGUAACCAGUGCCAGGUGCAGACAGAUUUGUUGAUCCCCUAAACUGAUUUGAUACCAACAUCACAGUUGAGUCUUUUGAAAAACUUGGCUUUAAAGUCCAGGAUCAGAUGAUAUGCUGCUACCACCACCACCACCCUGCCCAUUAAACUAGUCUUUUAACCCUAGAAAUAGUUCCUAUAAUUAACCACCUGAAGUAAAUGGAAUAAGGGAGUCGUAAGGACUUGAGGGCUCAAAGCGACACUGCUAUAAACCAGCAUCUUCCAGAUAUAUAAAGUCCACUUUGUUUUAUACAGUAUGGAGAAACUCUAGCAUAAGAUGUCUAUGCUAGUUCAUUAGUAGCAGAAGGACAGUAUUCAGGGAGCUGCCUUUAUAUUUGUAGUGUUGGAGACCUGUUACUGGUUCAUUUGUGGUUAUCAGCUGAAAAGUUCUGUUCCUGAGAUGUGCAAUAGCAGUGUUGAAAGGUAGUGUUCAGUAGUGAUGGGGAACAGACAUACUGGAUUUUCUUUCCACAUUGAAUCAUUUCGUUUGCAUGCCUCUUUGAAAUUAGACUGCUCAGCAGCACUUUGGACUAGUUUUUAUUAGGUUAAUUCACAUUUUGUACAUUAGAUAAGUAAAUAUUGAUGGCUUGAUUUAACUAGAUAUUUUAAAUUUUGAAAGCACAAAAGUAUCUUAUUUUGAGUCAAAGGAGAAAAGCCAUUGGUUUGUUUUCAUAGAUAGUAUCUUUGAUAAUUAACUGUCUCAGCACAGGGGUGCCUGGAACCAAGGGCACCAUUAAAACUCAGUCAAAGCAACUUCCUAGGAACCAGUUUGAGUGAGUCCUCUGCCUAUAAACCUCUCCCAGAAGUCUCUGAGAGGUGUGGGCCUUAGGAGGUUGAUGAUGAUCUGCUUUCUCUUUGAGAUCAACUAUUCUGGGGAAGUUGGUGUGUGUGUUCGUGUGUAUGUAUGUGUUCACUUUUUUAAGUGAAAUGAAACUGCAACCAUAGUGCAAGUGUAUGAGGCAGAUCGUUCUAUUUGUAAACUACCUCCUUCCUGGAAAAGUCUCUGUUUUGUAUUUUUUUGAACAUCCACAGAGUUCUUCUUAGCAUCAAAAGGUGACAUACCACUUAAGAUCAGUAUUCACUGGAGAGACUUAUAUUUGGUAGCGGUAGCUGGUAUCCAUCACUAGUCACUCUGCCAGGAUGAAUGCUGGUGGGCAAAAGUAGCCCAAGUUAAGAUAGGGGAGCAGGUUUAGUGAGUUUUUGCGACUUCUGCUGUGAUUAGCUUAACUUUUCAUUUGCUCUGGCCGAUAUCUAGUCAGUUGUAUGCUGUGAGAUGUUUAACCACCAGGCUCUCUGAAGGGAAAAAAAGGCCCUUACAUUGUAGCAUUUGCUGAUUCCCAUGAUGUAAGUUACUCCCUCUGUGGCUGAAUUUAAGCCACCACCUUGGAGUUGAGAAGGGGGGGUGCACAGUUGGCUCAGAGCCACACACUCAGCCAGCGAACCACUGCAUUUAUUUCACCCUAGGGUGGAUUUUCACAUAAUUUCUAAAAUAAUUUUUUCUUUUUGGUUUGUCACAGUGCUUUUGUGAUAUAAUAUUCCUCAUGGCAUAUUUUAUGUGUUCAAACAAAGGUGGAAACUUCCAUUGAUUUUUUUAAAAAUUUAUACAUGAUGGAAGAAUCCAGAAACCCUCAAAAGGUCAACCUUAUGCUUCUUCGAGUUAAAAUAUAGGUUUAAUUUUUCUACAUCUUGGUGGUUAAAAUACAGGUUAGAGUAAUUUUUUUCUUUACAUUUUGAUGGGGAAAAUAAGCCCAUGAGCCUAUAGUAAAAGGGGACUGGAUUUUUUUUUACACUGGAUUUUUUUUACAAUUCCUUGAAGAUUUACAUACUAUAUUAGAGAUCAAAAAAGGCAGCACUGACUGUUGAAUCUAUUUACAUGGCACAAUUUUUAGUUUUCUCCAUACAAUGCGUCACUUAGGCUUGGAGGAGACAGUAAAUCAGAGGCUUGGAAUUCUGGAGCUGUAACUGCAGGCUGUUGAUAUUAUCACUUCAGUUCCAUUCACACUUGGCAUUGUGUGAUGUCUAGUCUAAUGACAUUGUUUCAUCCUGAUCUCAGAACUUGUGUUAUGAUUCUGAAGUUCUCAAGGGCAGUUUUGUAUGUUUCUAGUGAAUUUAUGCACAUUAGAGCCACUCACUGGCAUUUCAGAAAAGCAGUCUCCAACCUUUUUGAACACACACCUUGAUCAAUAAAAGGCUUUGAACACAAAGAUCCUAUUGCAAAUUUAUAUGUAUAUAUGUUAAGUUAUAUACUGCUAUACUAAAGUCCUAUGUACACUAUAAGACAUAACACAAAACAGAAAUUAAGGAUGGCAUAAAAAUAAAUCUUGAGUAGAAAUUCUAAUAUUUUUUUCCUGCACCCAGUAGAUUGUCUUGUGCACCCCCCUGGAGGCAUGUACUCUACUUUAAAGCCCCCUGACUCAGGGUAUUGUUUGUCAGUCUAAUCUUGAAAAAUACAAUGUGGAAGCUUUGGUUUUGAUGUAUGGGGAAAUCCUUUACAUAUUUGAUUUUUAUGUAAAAUCUCCAGUAGAGAUUAGGAAUGUUUCAGCAGAGUUUGUCGUCAACUUUCUGAAAUUUCCUAUUUCUUUUUCAUAAGAAAUUUCUUUUUCAUAUGUUGCCAAAUAGCCCAUUACCAAAUGUUUUCCAGAGCUUCAGGCUUAUUAUUUUUGACAGCCUGUUGUCUCUUUCCUUUUCAUGUUAGGUGUGACUUUAUAAUUUACUUUUAUUUUACUAGCUGCUCUCAAACUUCUUUUGGCCUUAUUAAUGUUACAUUUUACCAACAAUUUCAGACUUAUUUCAAGUUGCUUUAUGUUAAAAUACAUAACAACCUCCAUUUUCUUGCUGCGUUGGUAAGUUUUUUUUAAUUAUUAUUAUUUUUUUGGUAACAUUUUGGCAUCUGAAGAAAUAAAUACUUUCUUGAUGGGUCUGUUCUAUCUAUCACUUCAUUUAUUGUAUAUAUUUUAUUUACCCAUGCCAGAAAUCUAGCAUUGUGCUGAGGUGCCAUUCUUAGGUGUGUAAACAAGUAUGGCGACAAGUGCAGGUCUCUGUGCAGAAGCCUGGAGCUCUGAGUGAAGGACCACAGCAACAGGAAAACUAGACUCUUCAUGAAGUACGUAGUCUGUGAUCUGAGGGUGUGACAGGAUGGAAUUGAGAAGUUAAUUGUUCAAUUCAUAGUAGUGAAGUGGAGGCCAGCCAUAAUUAUCUUGAGCAGGUACUCUGACCAGAGAAUUAGUUCGAUGGAAAGUGUUUGGUUAAUUAUCUUCUUGGUUUUGGGUCAACAAUUAAAUGGGUUGUUACUGUUUUUAAUGCUGCUGGCAUUGCCUGAAACAAGGUGCCCUGUUAUUUCUCUGUGUCAUCAGAACUCUGCUUACUGAAGUUGAAGUUUUAAUCUUAGAAUCUAGAAUUCUUGUGGGUGGUGGUGUAUUAAGCAAGAAAAGAAGGCGGUUUGAUUUCAUUUCUCGUACUUGGUGGAACCUGUUGGAUGAAAGUCAUGUUUUUACCUGUAAACAGAGCAGAUCUGAAAAGGUGAGUUAUUGAUGUAGUAUAAAUGUUCCAUUUGAAGCUGCCAGUUUCUUUAAGCUACUUUUCUGAAAAAAGAAAAAAUUGUGAUAGAUUGACAGCCUGC